UUGCAAUCUGCUUGCAAUCAGCAAUGUUAAUUUGUGAGUUCGCGUUGUGUAUUGUUUUCUAUUGAUUAGGGUUUUGAAUUCAUAUGAAAAGUUGUUUUUAAGUGCAGACGUAGCUAACUUAGGUUUAGUGAUAUUACUCAAUAAGCAAUAUUAGUGUUUCUUUUAGUGUGAUUGCUAGGCAACCCUUUUCUUAUUUCAACUGAAAUUUUAUAACUGCAUAAGUAGAAAAUGUCUGAUACAAGUGAUCUAGACCGUCAAAUUGAACAGUUGAAGAGAUGUGAAAUAAUUAUGGAGGCAGAGGUUAAAGCACUAUGUGCGAAAGCCCGUGAAAUUCUUGUUGAAGAAAGUAACGUACAACGAGUUGAUUCUCCUGUUACGGUCUGUGGAGAUAUCCAUGGUCAAUUUUAUGAUCUCAAAGAGUUGUUCAAAGUUGGUGGGGAUGUUCCGGAAACAAAUUAUUUAUUCAUGGGUGAUUUUGUGGACAGGGGAUUCUACUCUGUUGAAACAUUUUUGUUGCUUCUAGCUCUUAAGGUUCGCUACCCAGAUCGCAUAACACUUAUAAGAGGAAAUCAUGAAUCUAGACAGAUUACACAAGUAUAUGGAUUUUAUGAUGAGUGCUUAAGGAAGUAUGGCUCAAUUACUGUCUGGAGAUACUGCACCGAAAUUUUUGAUUACCUCUCUCUAUCUGCUAUCAUUGAUGGUAGAAUAUUCUGUGUUCAUGGUGGUCUCAGUCCAUCAAUACAUACUUUGGACCAAAUUCGUACAAUAGACAGAAAACAAGAAGUGCCACAUGAUGGACCCAUGUGUGAUUUGCUGUGGAGUGACCCCGAAGAUACAUCAGGAUGGGGUGUAUCACCACGUGGAGCAGGUUACCUGUUUGGAUCGGAUGUUGUUGCUCAAUUCAAUGUCUCAAACGACAUCGACAUGAUCUGCAGAGCACAUCAACUCGUCAUGGAGGGAUACAAGUGGCAUUUCAAUGAAACAGUUUUAACGGUGUGGUCAGCACCUAAUUAUUGCUACAGAUGCGGCAACGUAGCAGCCAUAUUAGAGCUUAAUGAGAAUCUUCAGCGCGAAUUCACGAUAUUCGAAGCGGCGCCUCAGGAGUCCCGGGGUGUACCCUCUAAGAAACCCCAACCUGACUACUUCUUAUAAUGGCGUAUGGAAUUAGUUUUACGAUACCUAGCGACGAACUCGUCAUUGUGAAGUUAAGUUAAUUGUGAUGCUAAGAUGAGACUGCCAAAUGUGAAUUAACCACUCACCAUACUACCUGUCAUUGAUUCGGGUCAAAUAUUCUGACUAAGAAUUAAAUUUAAUAAACUUAGAAAUAAACUUGUUAAGCUAUUCCACCAUGUUUGAUGUAUUCAACUGAUUUAAGUAAUUAUUUUCUAAAUUAUAUCUAGUAUUUCCACUGAUUAUAAUAUCUUUUUUGAAUUGGAGCGAUUUGAAUUUUGAUUGACAUUGUUAGGAAUGGUAAAAUAAGCCCAUUCCAUAGGUAAUAUCUAUUUAUUAAAUUCAAUGUUUUUCAUAUAUUUUUUUAACAGCAGACCAUAAGUCUGUUUGCCUAUUAAACCUUACAGCACACAAUCUAGUGCAUUCUGUAAAAAAAAACAUCUAUUGAACCACUAUUUUUGAAAAUUUAUUUGUGUAACUUAUUUGAUAAUUUUACCAAAUUUUCAAUAUGCUUGAGGAAAUAAAUAAUAGACAAGUUGUGAAUUUUUAAGAUUAAAUAAAUACGUAUUAAAAAUUGA